UCUCCCUCUCUCUCUCUCUCUCUCUCUCUCUCUCUCUCUCUCUCUCUCUCUCUCUCUCUCUUCUUCUUGUUCUUAUCAGUGGGUUUUUGCAGACACUUUCUGGGGUCUCUUUCUUAGCUGGAUCUUUAAUCUGAAGUCUUUCAGUUCGGUUCUCGAGAAACGCCAAGGUGAAAGAAAACAGGGGAAGGGAGAUAUUCUAAAUCAUAUUUAGGUGAUUCAAUUGAAAGAGAAUCUGGGAAAACCAGUUAAUCUCAGAAAAGAUUUAAAUCCAUCUUAUCAAGGAAGGGACAAUGAAGAACUCGGUAUCUGACCAGAGCUUCUACAUUGAGAGCGAAGAAGAAGAUGAGGAGAAGGGUUUUGAUGGUGAAGAUGAUGGAACUCAAUCUGAUUCUUCUGAUUCUUCAGAGGAAAACCAACAGAAUAACAGACCUAGUUCUUAUACCACAGCUUGGCCUCAAAGUUACAGGCAGUCGAUUGAUCUGUACAGUAGUGUACCAUCUCCAAGCAUUGGUUUCCUGGGCACUCCUUCAUUGUCAAGAUUUGGCAGUUCUUUUCUUUCCUCAUCAUUAACGAGAAGACAUACUCCGGAGUCAUUGUCUUCUAUAACAAAGCCUCUGAUACCAGCAACUGCAGAUGAGAAACCACCACAGCACAGACGCAGUUCCCAAUCUUUGCUUCCUCCUAUUCCAUCAAGGAGGGCUUCCAUGAGGAAGGAUGAGAAACUGUCAAUGAUCUCCCAUGAACUCCCAAUUUCUCGCAAUAGCUCAUUUGGUCAGGCUUUCUUAAAUGGAAUGAAUGUUUUAUGUGGAGUUGGAAUUCUUUCCACACCGUAUGCUGCAAAGGAAGGAGGAUGGAUAGGUCUUCUGGUUUUAUUGAUGUUUGCAGUGCUCUUUUACACUGGAAUGCUCUUGCGUUACUGCCUGGAUAGUGAGCCUGGUCUUGAGACUUACCCUGACAUUGGCCAAGCUGCGUUUGGCACAACAGGCCGAAUCAUUGUCUCAAUAAUACUCUACUUGGAACUAUAUGUAAGUACAGCUGGCUUUGUCUGA